AUGAUGCACCGAGAUGUGAAGCCUGCAAAUGUGUUACUUACCAGUAAUUAUCGCAAAUUAAAGAUCUGUGAUUUCGGUUUGGUUAAGUCAAUAGCUUCAAAAAAUACUGAAAAUAUCGGUUCAGCAGCAUAUACAGCACCGGAAAUAUAUAACACCAAUAGAUACGAUGAAAAGUGCGAUGUCUACAGCUUUGGUAUUAUGCUCUGGGAGGUGAUGUCUCAGAGAAAACCUUUUGAAAACUGGGUGCCUUUUAAUAUAAUGUACCAUGUUCUUAUGCAAAAAAAGCGACCAGAUAUUAAUGCAAUCGAUGGUGAUGAUAUUAAAACAAUAAUAACGAGAUGUUGGGAGCACGAUCCUAAUAGGCGACCCUCGAUGAAAGACCUGGAACUUUAA